UUUAUCUUCUUUCUUUUCUUUCUUGUUUUUUUUUGGAAACUCAUUAAUUGAAAUUGUGUAGGCGCCUUGCCCUCCUGUACAACUCUCAAGUUCACUCUCUUUAGAUCAUUAUGCCACCUCAUUUUCCAGUUGAUGAGGAUACUGCAUACGAGACAAAGCAAUGGGCAUCUGAUACCAUUGACAACUUAUUUUCCGAUAGUCAACCAAUUACUUUUGAACCUGUUCAGUCCAUUCCUUUUCCUCAGCAGUUGGAAGUGAAACCAAUUCAGAAAGCAGUAAAUGAUCUAAAGAAAAAAUACACCAAUAAUCCUGCACGCCGCUCACUGUCUGUUCUUGAGACAAGUCUAUUCAAACGAAACUGCAAUAACGAAGAUGCUCGGCCUGUUGCAAGAUCUUCUCGAUCUGAUAUUAUCACUUCUCCUUGUACACUUACCCAUUCGGAUUCCGCCCCAUCUUUGUUAAUUACCAGUCAUACUCAACAUCAAAAAUCAUUAUCCGCGCGACUUAAACGUACAUUGACGCCAGAAAAACCUUAUCUCAACAAAAAAGCAUUAAGCAAUAGCGAAAAGGAGGGUAUUGAAAUUUGGAAAAAUACAUUCAAUGAGUACCUUGUGGAUUCCAAAAUGACUCCUCAUGGUCAAUCACCGCAUUUAUUACACUUUGUCUUGAAUGAAUUGGUCACUACAGAAACGACAUACUUGGAGCAUCUCUUGAUCAUAAAACAGAUGUUUAUGGAUCCAUUAUUAGAAGCAGCCACAACAUAUCCUCGGCCAUUAGUCAAUUUGAAAGACAUUCAAACCAUUUUUGCGUUUAUACCCGAGUUAAUUACACUUUCUACGCUCUUGGUCAAUGGUCUAAAUAAAGCCAUUAAUACUACUGAAAAUGGUGAAAUCUAUGGAUCCAUUGGGAAAGUAUUUUGUGAUCUAGAAGAAGAACUCGAAAUUUAUAUUCGCUAUGCUGCAAAUUUCUCCAAGCAACAAAGGUGUAUUGGUAGAGCAGACAGAAGCAUUGUAUAUAGACAAUUGGUGCAGGACUCAUUGCGUAAAAAGGAAACAAAUAGAAUGGGAUUGUCCGACUAUAUGAUUGCUCCUAUUCAAAGAAUUACACGUUAUGGACUCUUACUGAAAGAUCUUGUCAAACAUUCUAAUCCUUUGACUCCUGACUUUUAUUUUAUACAAAGAUCUCUUAAAUGUCAUCUUGCUUUGGCACAUGCUAUGAAUGCAAUACAAAAAACAUCAUGAUCUGCAUAAUUCAUACUGUAUACAUACCCUUUCUUUCUUUUUUUUCAUCGUAAUACAUAAUCUUAAUAAACAUUCUGCAUUUCUUUAAUUCAA